GAGUUGGAAUCAUGGUCAGUCUAGUUUGAAAGGCCGAACUGUACCUUUCCUCUUUCGCCUACUUUCUGGUGGAGGCUGGAAUAAGAGUACGUAUUAUCAAAAGGAGGCUUGUGCUCGCUUAUUGAUUGCCACCAGGACAUUGAACUAAAUCGAAACGUCGUUGGCCAAUGACGCAAAAUGCCGAAUCUGAAUGAUUCAACAAAGUCCAUCGAUUAUCGGGAUCAGCAACAGGACGGAAAAUGUGCAGAACCCUUGAUGAAAGGGCAUUCAAAAGAUAAUGUAGCAGUAGAGAGAACGUCCUUGACAACCCCCUCGAACGAAGAUUCUUUUCUACCAAACUACGAAAAUCAAUCAAAAGAAAUUACUAACUCGGGAAAGAAAAAGAAAUCCAGAAUUAGAAGAAUAAAAGACUUGUGUAAUGUAGAUCUGCUUCGUCGUCGCUUGCCGAUCGUGGGAUGGCUGCCAAAUUAUAACUUGAAUUAUUCCGUCUUUGAUCUUAUCGCCGGGGUCACCGUCGGACUUACCAUCAUUCCUCAGUCGAUCGCUUAUGCUGGCGUCGCGGGACUUCCUUUCGAGUAUGGUCUCUAUUCCUCAUUUAUGGGGUUGUUUGCGUACACCGUUUUUGGAUCGGUUAAAGAAUCCUCGAUGGGUCCGACAGCCGUCAUGGCUUUAAUGACCUUCAAUUAUGCCAACGAAGGGGGCCCUGCUUAUGCUUGCCUUUUGUCUUUUCUGGCUGGACUUAUUGAGCUUGUCGCCGGACUGCUUAACCUCGGAUUUAUGGUCGAUUUCAUUUCGGCGCCAGUCAUUUCUGGUUUCUGUUCGGCAGCCGCUUUGACCGUCGCCUCGACCCAAGUAAAAGGGCUCUUUGGACUGAAGUUCAGUGGGUCUUCCUUCGUUGAAAUCUGGACGGGUUUCUUUACAAACCUGUCUAAAAUUAAUCCGUGGGAUGCUGGGCUAGGCCUUUCCUCCAUCGUCAUCCUGCUUUUUAUGCGGAAACUGACUGCGAUGAAAAACCUUCGACCUUUUAAGAAAAUUACAUGUCUCCGUAACCGGUUCGUUGAUGGUGGCUUGUGGUUCAUUUCAACUAGUCGAAAUGCCUUUGCUGUCAUUGGCGGCUGCGUUGCUGCAUACGUCUUGCAAGUCAACGGCCUAUCUCCUUUUACCUUAACAGGUAACAUCAAAGCCGGUCUACCUUCAUUUGAAUUGCCUCCGUUUUCAAUCAAUAAGACAGAUUUAGACGGGAAUAGCACUGUUUUGUUAAGUUUCCCAGAGAUAUGUUCAGAACUGGGUGCAGCCAUCGGUUUAAUUCCCCUUAUUGCCAUAUUAGAACAAGUUGCUAUAGCCAAAGCGUUCGCUUUCGGCAAACGAACGGAUGCCACUCAGGAAAUGAUCGCUCUCGGUAUGGGAAAUAUCUUUGGUUCUUUUUUCGGCGCGAUGCCCAUCACUUCGUCAUUUGGAAGGAGCUCCGUUCAAAAUGCCAGCGGAGUUAAAACGCCGCUGUCCAACGUUUACGCAGGCACUUUGGUUCUGUUGGCUUUGGGCUUUAUGAUGCCUAGUCUAGCUUAUAUUCCGAAAGCGAUCCUUGCCGCUGUAAUCAUAACGUCAGUCAUUUUUAUGGUGGAAUUAGAGGAACUUAAACCCAUUUGGAAAAGCAGAAGAGUGGAACUUGUUCCCUUAGGUGUGACAUUCUUUUGCUGCCUCUUUGUUAAUAUGGAGUACGGGAUUUUGAUUGGGGCUGGAGUACAUUUGUUUUUGUUGGCCUACAUGGCGGGAGGCCGUCCUCAUCUGGAGUUGAUACGGCAACCCCAGGGUAGUAAGAGAACCGAAGAGAGAGUCAUCGUUAAAGCUGAUACAAACCUGUACUUCCCUGGAGUAGAAAAAUUCCGACAAGUUCUUAACGAAGCCACUGAUGGAGAGACAUGCGUCUUGGUCGAUCUAUCGCACGUAACAGAAAUCGACUACACUGCGCUAAAAAUGCUUAAAUCCGUGGCGUCAGAUUACCAUAAAAGAGGCUUAAUGGUUCUGCAUUUCACCAAUGCUUCUUCAAAAGUAGCCAAAUCGAUUUCAUCUGCCUUACAUUCUGCCGAUAUCGAUUUCCUAAUACCCAAUAAGAUAAACAACACAUUCGAACAAAGUGGACAAAUAACGGAUGAAGUCUAGGCUAGUCGCGUUCUUCCAUUGUUCGUAAAAAAAUAUCACUUCUAGAGUCACCAGUGCACAUAAAUUAGUAACGCGGGGAAAUAAAAAGAAAUAUAGUCGAAUAAAAUGUGAUACUGCGCCUUGUUAGAAUACAAGUUGGCUCUUAUUUCUCUGA